AUGUCUGAAAUAAAAUGGGAGGUGCCGAUGUCGUCGGGUAAUCAUAUAAUUGAGUUUACGCAUGGUACGACUACCGGUUCCAGACUCAUUAGAGUGGAUGGUAAGGAGGUAGUUCGACACGACUGGAUGUUUCGUCUUGUUGGGGAAGAGACAUUCACGGUUGGUCCAAAGAAAGUUCCCGCGCGGUUGAAAAUAGAAGCAGUUGGCGGCGUCACUUACACUUACAAACUCUACCUGAAAGAAAAACUUCUCGAAAAAUACGUCCGUGAAGCCGUCAAAAACAUGAUCGUAUGGAAGGUAAUCCUCCCGAGCGGCCUCAAGCAACGGAUUGCGAUUGAAAAAGACACACUCGAUAUUUGGGUUGGAAAUUCAAAGAUUGAAGCUGAGUCCGGAUUUACUGAUAACGGAUCUGAGCAACUUUUUGUUCUGGAAGGAAAGCAAUUUCAAAUUCUUGUUUUUACUUCCGGCAAGAAACAUGAAGGAAUUGUUCAUCAGCUAAUAUAUGACGGAGAACUUUGCGCUCCUCAAGAUCCUUGA